ACUGUUCAGACGUUGGCAGCAUGAAGAAAAUCAUGAGAUACUAAAAAAAAUUAAAUAAAAAAAAUCAUGAGAUACUGCCACAAAUGUGUCUGGAUCUUAGUGACAAUGGAACUGAUGACAUCACAUGCACUGUAAGGGCAACAGCUGAAUGACCCUCGAAUGACUGAUUGUUUAUGUAUUGUAUUCUUUUAUGACCCCAUGUUAAGUCCUGUUCUCAUGCCGUGAGGAAUAAAAGAGGGUGUGACUCAAACGUACUGUGUCAGACAGAAGGUUUCCAACGUUUGGCAAAUAGACGUGACAGUAAACUCUUGACAUUCCUCAACGAUAAGCCCGGCCUCCAGUGACGGCUCUCGUCAUGAGUUAAGGUUCGCUCUGUUUGUCCUCUCGGGUUUCAGGACUCAUCCGGUAUCCUGCAGUUGGAUUUUCUUCACAGACACUCGACGUCGAUCGAUGCACUCAGUGCAGCUGUGGUAUUCUACACCACUCCAUAAAGACCGGGCCUCUUAUUGCCUGAAGAAUGAACACAGACAGCCAGCAGGAAGUUUCUCCACAAGAGCAGGAGACCGAGUUUGACGGUCCACCUUUGCAAAAGCAGAAGAGGAUCAUCUACUUCUCCAGCGGUGAAAGUCUGGAGCUGGAGGACUCUGAAGAAGACGAGGCAGAGGAGCAGAAGUCACACAGAACCUCCUUUGAAGAGCCAAAGAAGAGGAACCGGCUGUCGUUUAAGAAUGUUGCCAUUCUAGUUGGGAGGAUGUCACUGCUGGCUUGUGAUUUCCUUGGAGAGAGACUGGCCGGAGCUCUUGGGCUGAAUGGAGCCAAAUAUCAACAUGCGGUAGAUCGAUAUUACCGUGAGCAGAAGAUUACAGGUCACCAUUUGGGAGAUCAGGCAGAGAACACUCAGCUCUCCCCUGGGCUAGAAGGGGGUCACUAUGGAGCCACGGGAGGCGUGAGGAGUUCCUCUGAUCCUGGCGAGAGCCGCGAUGACGGACAUGGAGACAAACACCAAGGAUGCCAAAACAGAGCCUAUCAACGCGACGAGGACAACUAGCCAUAAAGCCGCAGAACUGAAAACAGAGAGGAAUGUGAAAACCUGACGUGCAAUGUGGAUUUCGGUUUGAUACUUUAAUAAUAGCCAACGUGUUUUGAGGGAGAGCAAAGACAUUGAGGAAACCGAUGUCGGUGGCAGAAAUGCAUAAAAUGCAUUCCUAGGAUUCUGGAGGUACCAGAGGAAAUGCUGCUGAGUCCAUUGUUUUCUCUACGUGUAAGGAGAAAAAAGGAAAAAACAAUGGCAAAGACCUACCCCUCCCCAACCUAUUGCUGAGUGCAGCUGACAACAAUAGGACUGUUUCCACUUUUUGGAAUGCAGACGAGGAAGACAAAUUCAUCACAUGAAAUUAAAAAUACGAGAAUGUUAACAGCUCGGCCACCUCGGCAGAUUGCCUGACUAAUUAUUCUGCUAAUAUCAGCAUCGCUAUGCACAGUGAGCAUUUGAAACUUCUACUAUAUUUAGCCAGAUUUAUUCUGUAUUUUUGCAUAAGUUUGUAUAUUUAUUGAUUCUUGAGAAGAGGGACACAACAUGUCUGCUGGACAAAGGACAUACUUUGAAUAAAAUAUAUUCAAAAUAUAACUUCCUCAAAUAACUGAAUAAACUGACCUGCCAAUGUCACCACAUCAGUGGAUGUAUUCAUGGUGUUUGCUGAGUGUUUUUUAUUUUAAACAUUGUAGUAGGUGGAUGGUGUCUGUAAAAGUCAUUGUCCUGGAGCAGAACUCGAUACAUUAACAUGGUUUAAAAGAAUUCUAACAUAAAAUGUCAUGACAACUAAAUAUAAAUAUUCAAAUAAAUAAUUUCAUA